UUUACCAAUGAAAAAGAAGAUGGCGGACGCGUAUGCAGACAGAACGUAGAGAUUCUUUUGAAUUAGUUGAGGAACACUUCAAUUUUUUAAGGUGGUCGGGCAACGGGAAAUUUGUUAAUAGAUUAUACUCAAAAAUGAUUCAAUCUGCCAGUCAGGGAGAUACCUUAGGGCCUCGAGAGAAGUCAGUGCUCUGGACUCUUUUGAAGUUUACAUUAGCCAUGAUUAUAUUACCAAUUUCCUGCUUUUUCCUCUCCAAGAAAAUGGUCUUUGAAGAUGUUCUGGGUUAUGAAAAUGGAUCCAUUGGUGCAGCCACAAUAACUGUUAUAGUUGUUCAUGUGAUUAUUGGUUUAUACAUCUGGGUGGCUAUCCAGGAAGAGCAGUGGCCAAAGCCAUUGAAAAAAGACUAACAAAGUUGGAAAUAGGAAGAUUAUUGAGAAGACUUUGUUUCAAACACAUUCUUCAUAAAUGUUUAGUCAACCAGGUGAAAGUCUGACUCUGCAAAGCCUUUUCAAGACCCUUUCAGAGGGACAAGAGAGUUAUUCAAACUUAUUACAGUUCAACCCCUAUUAAAUGGCCACCCUUGGGGAAAUGGAUCUUGGCCACUCAGAGGGCGCUGGCCGCUUAAUAGAGGUAAAAACAAUAGAAAAGCCCUCAUCAGGACUUUGAUUACUGGAGGCCUAAUAGGGGAGGCCAUUUAGUAUGUGGCCGCUUGAUAAGGGUUUAACUACAUGUAUGCUUGCCUGCAGAUUGCACAUUGUGUGAAAAUAGAUUUAGAUGAUGUUUUAUUUAUUUAGAAACUCAAGUGACCUAAGUCAAGAUUUCCUUGGGCUAUCAAUUUUUACUGAAAUUGUGAUAAAACCAAAUUAGCUUUCUCUCCGUCCCCCUUUCCCCUCCCACCAAUUUUUUCUUUUCUCAUCUUCCCUCUCCCAACUUUCUCAAGCUAAAUACCUAUUUGCAGUGCCACUAUGUGUGAAACAACAUUGAUAAGAUAUCUACCGGAGAGGAUGAAAAUCUUACAAUGGUGUGACAAUUUUGGUCAUAAAAUAUUUUAGUUACAAAUUCCUGGUAGAAAAUGUCCAACAUUGUGGGACGGUAUUAUUUUGCUUGUAUAGUGUAUCAUAUCUGGAAAAUUCUUUUCUUUCAUUUUAGUACCCACUAUUGCUGAAAAUUGUCAAUAAAAAUAAUAUGUAAAUUUUAUUUUUAUCUUUCAUCUUAUAUCAAGAUUAUAAUGUAGAAUUUACAUAGUCAAGUUAUUUCUUCUUUGCUGCAUAAAAAACAACAUUAAAAAUAA